GGAAAUCCCCACGUGUCUAUUUUUAACGAACGCGGUGGGUGGAAGAUACUAGAGAGAGAGAGAGAGAGAGAAUAUGGGGAAGACACCGGCGAGGAUGAAGGCGGUGGUGUACGCGCUGUCGCCGUUCCAACAGAAGGUGAUGCCUGGUCUCUGGAAGGAUCUCCCUUCCAAGAUCCACCACAAAGUCUCCGAGAACUGGAUCAGCGCCACCCUCCUCCUCACCCCUCUCGUCGCUACCUACACGUAUGUCCAGCAGUUUAAAGAAAGGGAAAAGAUGGAGCAUAGGUACUGAAGGCAUGGGUGAAGUCGAGUGCUUUGAGUGAGCAAAUAUUUUACCGUUACUGUCAAAUAAGAAGCAUGUUAUGAUAUAGUUAUCUGCAGUUGUUGUCAUGGAGCUUUGCAACUUAAUAUGAGUCAUUUCCAGAUAGUAGUUGGUUACUCUUUUUAAAACUUUUGUUGUGGCGCUGCUUUCUGUUUUGAAAUGUUUGUGGGUAUGUUUAUGUGGUGCGAAAAACAUUUUACAAAACAAAUGUCCCAGUUUCCGGUGCGGCCAAGAUGGCCAUCCUUGAUGAUUAGGAGCACAGUUUGACCGAAUUCCAUGACCAUUAUAGUCCACUGCACUCUUUGAAGUCAGAUUAUUAUGGUCAAUACCAUUCGUAAUGCUAUUUCUGCCUUGUGGAAGUAUGGAAGCUUGGAUGCGCCAUUUUUUCUUAUCCAAAAUCAAAUUGUCCUGUUGGAUUUUGAUUGUUGAUUGACUGACCUUUUGGAUAGAACUGGCACUAGAAUCUGAAGAGGGGCAGAGACUUGAACAUCAGGGCACAAACAUGCAUCCUCCAUAUCACUAUCAUCAUUGCUCGAUGUAUGGGAUUCUGAAGCAAUCUGCUUAACUCUAAUUGUUACCAAGACCAUUCCUUGUUUAUGAAUUUUUUUAUUUUAUUUUAUUUUCUUUGUAUCUGAUUAUAGAGAUGAAGAUUGAUAAAAAUAUUUCUUGCUUGGA